CACACAUUUGAUUUUCACGAUAUACAUUUUACAUUCUGUGGGUUUUAUAUAUUAACAAUACAAGGGUGCCAUUUCUUCUCUUUUAAAACAAUGAAAGGGCAACUAUCUCAUGUGACCCGGAAGAGAUCGUUUUGACACACCGAUGCCUUCAUGCUAGCUGUUUUAGCAUAAGGGAAACACAAUUUGGACAAAACAGUGCAAAACAAUCAAAGAAAGAAUCUACAUCUAUAUACAACAAUAUGUUUUAUCAUAUUUCUUUGGAACAUGAAAUCUUACUACAUCCACGGUAUUUUGGUCCAAAUCUGCUCAACACAGUGAAACAGAAACUCUUCACGGAAGUGGAAGGUACCUGCACUGGCAAGUAUGGUUUUGUCAUUGCUGUCACUACUAUUGACAACAUUGGGGCAGGUGUGAUCCAGCCAGGUAGAGGUUUUGUACUCUAUCCAGUCAAGUACAAGGCCAUUGUGUUCCGCCCAUUCAAAGGAGAAGUGGUGGAUGCUGUGGUCACGCAGGUUAACAAGGUUGGCUUGUUCACAGAAAUUGGUCCCAUGUCCUGCUUCAUUUCUCGCCAUUCGAUCCCUUCAGAAAUGGAAUUUGAUCCCAACUCCAAUCCACCUUGCUAUAAAACAGUUGACGAGGACAUUGUAAUCCAGCAAGAUGAUGAGAUUCGACUGAAGAUUGUGGGAACACGAGUGGACAAGAAUGACAUUUUUGCCAUCGGAUCUCUGAUGGAUGAUUAUUUGGGUCUCGUGAGCUGAUUUCUUUCAGCUGAGUGCUCACCACCUGGGACAAUUUAUGUAGUAAUAACUUCAUGAUUUAUAUUCAUGUUAUGGUAGGAUUUAGUCAAAGCCUUGCUGUUUUUUUUCCAAUAAAUUAACAUUCUUUAUUUUAGUUAGUUGAAUUGGUGUCAAGAGAUUAAUUCUGCAGUUUUGUGUUUUUAUAUAUAUAUAAAUUUGGUUUAAGUGGAAUACAUACCUUCAAAUUUAGUUGUAUCAUUUUUGUACUUUGUAAUAAAAGAUUUAACUUUUUCGUU